UCUGUGCCAAGGAAGCGAUGUGCAGACGCAUGUAAUUGUGUAAUUGUGAUAGGAAUCACGUUCCCGAGUUCCCUGUAAGGAUGAAGAAUGAAGGAUGUCGCGGUAGCUAGGAUCAGAGCUAUUCAGCAUGUCUCCUAUGUGGAGGCAGUGGAAAUACUGAAGUGAGUAGAGAUGWGAUGGUAGUGUGUCCCACAGUCUGCAGUGAAUGUCAUGCAGGAGAAGGAUCCGACGCACUAACAGUGAAAAAGCAGGUGGCGGCAAUACACUUUGAGUGUAGUCUGCCAAUAAACCUCAAAGAAGAAGAGACGUGCCGCGUCUAGUCAAGAUUGCAAAACCAUGGCAACAUUCAUGGAACGACUGUCUUUCCUUCAAAAAGUUCCCACUCUGAUGAAAGCAACAGUAGAUGAUGAAUCGCCUUGUCCUGGCUACCUKUUUGAAGAAAUCGGAAAAAUCUCCCAGGAGUCCACUGGGUGUGGUCAGUUCCUGUUGGAGUACCUGUUGAAGAGGCUGGAGGUAGAAUCCUGCCAUGUCAAAAUAAAGGUUCUGAAGAUCUUCGUCCAUCUCUGUGGCCACGGAUCGCCUCACUUUCUGACAGAACUUAGACGGAACUCCACCUUCAUCCAGCAGGCCUCAGUUUACAGUGGUCCCKCUGAUCCCAUCCAUGGCAUUGCUCUGUAUCAGAAAGUGAGGGCCACAGCACAGGACAUAGUCAGGUUACUUUUCACAGGCACAGCCUCUCCCCAGAGCAGCAAACUAGCCAUGCCCAACAUGGGCAUCGGGUCGGAGUCUGCCCAUGGAUCCAGAAUGCAGGGGUUUGGAUACAGCCCAGGGAAGAAGAUAACAAGUAGCCCUUUUGGAAUACAUUUCAAAUGCAUCCAGUCAAAUCCAUGUGCUGUCUGUCUCUUAUAUUGCUUUCUAUUUCCGGCAGGUGGCGAGACCCUGAUGGACAAGAUCCAUAAGGCUACUGAGUUUGUGGCCAGUGCGGUCCUGCCCCCAACAGAACUACAGGGUAUCCGUCUCCAUGACAACCACUACCAGGCGGUGGUGGUACCCUCAGGCCCUGUAGAGGUGGCAGUGCCAGCAUAUGCCUACACUGUGCCUCCUCACAGACCCAGAGUUUCCCAGGGGUGUCCAGAGCAGGUGGGAGGGGGCUGGGAGGAGAUUAACAGUGGCCAUAGCUCCUCCCACAACUCAUCUCAGGGGAACGCAGACCACAGCCAYGCCUCAGGGGGUGGGAGCAGCAAGUCGUAUGGCACCGGGAGCCAAUCGGAAGCCAGUAGGGACAGCUUCGGGGACCAAUCAGAACGGGUGGAGGCCAUGCAGUUAGGGGACUGUGGCCAGGAGAUGGCGCUAAUCAGCAGAAUAACUGAGGGCUCCAAGGUCUUCCUGUCCAGAAAGGAGAGCCAGCACUUCAUCAAGGAGUGUUCCACUCUAAACUGUGAGGUGGUGGUGGAGCUGCUCUCUCGCAGACUGCAGGACCCAUCACAGACUGUCCAGAUGAGGGCUCUGUGUGCRGUGGCCUGUCUCAUGAUCUCUGAUCUGCUGUCUCUGGAGCAAAUCUUCGGGGCGACCCAGAGGAGGCUGGCCCAUCUGAGUGAGGAAUCCCCAGGGGCUGUAGCCAACAAGGCCACCAAGAUCCUUCGUCAAUUUGAGGCUCUGAUGGGCGUGCCAAUCAGUGGUGCCAGACGUGAUGCAGCCAGUAUUGUUCUUUCAUCCUCCUCGGACCAGCCCCCUACUCUCACAUGUCCCGCACUUCUARUGCAAACACACCCAGGUGACACCARGGUCCUUAACCAUCAUAGAAGGAGAGAACCUGAGCUCUUACCUGGGGGGCGAACUCACCCCCCUCCCGUACCUGACCUGGGCUGGCCCCAAAGGGGUACAUCUGAGAGGUUACUAAAUUACAACCAUGAUGAUGAGGAUAGGUCUGCUACUCAGGAUGAAGAGUUUGUGGAAAGUCAGACUGGGUUCAGGACUGGUGAGACCCAGCUCACCUCAGAUCUUAAAGUUAAAGAUCCAGAGCUCCAUACAGAGAGGUACCCCAUCCGACUCAAGGACCCCAAGAUUGAGCAGCCCUGUGGGGGCAGACUCACUUUGUUCAGUGGCAUGGAGCUGGUGACCAGAGGGAAGUCUGUGUGCCCAUCAGCCCUUACAGAGAGGAAUGGAGACAUGCAGCCUGAGGCGGAAAAGAGAGACGGGACGGAACGUCUGAGAGUUGAAAUGGAGAGCAUUAGCCCUACAAACACACCGCUACUCUGCCUCGAUGACAACAGUGAUACAACGCCCACGUGCAACCUCACGCCCACCAGCAGCCAAUCAACCUCAGCCUUUUCUUUCCUUAACCUCUGACCUCGAACGGUAAUGCUUAGGAUAAUGUCACCAUAAGUAUGUCUGCUCUAAAACAACGAUUAUACGGUUUGUCACGGGAGCCAAGUCCACAGUAUGUAUAAUUAUGUUUUGCAAAAGUGGAGGUAAUUUUCAUGAGCUAGUUCAGGUUAUUAAGAACAGUUGUUAGAGUAAUAUGUCUUCUGUUCUUUGCUGGUACUUGGUGCACU